CUCUUACCACUCAUCAUUAAAAAUAGCGGAGAGGGUGUGAGAGAGUGCGGUUGGAGAAGGCUGCGUGAGCCCCGUAUUUCGAUCAUGUCCUCAUCCGGGACCGACUCAACUUUAGGAUACUUUGACAGCAUCGUGGCUCCUUCCAAGCGUGUUCACCAAGUUUUUUUUUUUUUUGAUUGUAUUUUUAUGUAAUAUCUUUUUAUUACAUAGGCUAUAAAAUCAUUUUGAUUCCAUAUCUGAAUAGAUGUAUUGUCAGUCAACGUAUCUUUAUGAAGCACUCAACUAUUUGUGAAUUCUUCUGGGAAGAACAGGUGUUAAAAAUCUGCGGAUUCAAUACAAACGAAGGCAAACAUUUGUCACAAAGUUGCAAUUUAGCGUUUGGAUAGGAACAACACAGGAAGAGGUCUUGAAGACGGAUGUAACUCCAUGAUCAAUGUCGCGCGCGGUAACGAAUUUAUGAUUCGACAAAUGUUGCUCCCAACAUUGUGACAGUAGUACUUUCCUCGACGUGCUUUGGAUUUGUCUUCUACGUUCAACGAAUUGGACCAGUAGCCUAAUUAUCGGUCAGAAACCAAGACAUGGGGACUCAGGGCACCGGACGAAAAAGAAACCCCAAUAAGGACAGGUCGACGGCCGAGGAUGAUGCCCUUAAUCUCAUAUCAAGAGAGGCAGAGGCCAGGCUGGCAGCAAAGAGGGCGGCCAGGGCAGAGGCCAGAGAAAUCCGUAUGAAGGAGCUGGAGAGACAACAGAAAGAGAUCUAUCAGGUUCAGAAGAAAUAUUACGGCUUGGACAACAAAUCAGACAAAGUAGACAGCGAAUGGGGACACAUCGAGCAAUGGAUGGAGGACAGUGAGCGGUACUCACGCCCCACACAGAGACAUACUUCGAUCUCAGACGAUGAUGAGCGGAUGUCUGUGGGCAGCCGAGGCAGUGUGAGGUCGGAUCUUGAUGCAAUAGGGGCCUACGGAAGAGGGGAGAAGGACAAGAAGUCCAAGAAAAAGAAGAAACACAAAGACAAACACAAAGAUCGUGACAGCAACGGCUAUGACAAUGAGUACAGUGCUAUAUCCAGUCGGAGCUCCAGACUCAGUGAUGAGAGCACUAGCAGGGUCUCUCGCUCGUCCAGACUAGAUCUGCAACCGAGCUCAAGACUCAGUGAUGAGAGCAUUAGCAAGGUCUCUCGCUCCUCCAGACUGGACCUGCAGCCGGCAUCCUAUGCUUCCUCUGACCUUAACAGCAACAAUGGUCUGUCCUCUUCUAGGCAACGGCUUUCUUCCUACGAGUCAUCCGGGCUACUCAGCCAGAUCUCCUACCGGCGCCAUCACAGGGGCUCUUUGUAUGAGGACAGUCUGUACAGUGGAUCUCGACGGGUGACCGGCUCCAGCUCUCGUCAUUCAGAGUACAAUAGUUAUCGCGGCAGCGGUUCCAGGGCGUCCUCCAGGGCGUCCUCCAGGGCCAGCUCAGCCCGUGCCAGCCCAGUGGAUAAUGACUGCAACUCUGUGGCCAGCUUCCUGCGCAGCGCGGCCACCAGCAGUGGCCUGCCCAGAGACCUGGAUCACAUGACCAUCCCCAAUUUAUCAGACGUGGAGGACCGAGAUUACCUGGAAAAGGGAUCUCGAGCCGCUUCCACCCUAUCGGCAGCCACCCUCGCCUCGCUGGGCGGGUCUUCCUCCCGGGGAGAAAGUGGUGAAACGUCCAUCACUGGCGACACAGAAACCUCCAUACGAGAGAUCAAGGAGAUUCAUGAGCUGAAGGAUCAGAUCCAAGAUGUGGAGUCAAAGUACAUGCAGAGCCUCAAAGAAGUCAAGGAUACCUUAGUGGAGGUGGAGGAGAAGUACCGCAAGGCCAUGGUGUCCAAUGCCCAGUUGGACAACGAGAAGAACAACCUGAUGUACCAGGUGGACACGCUGAAGGACUCGCUCAUGGAGCUGGAGGAGCUGCUGUCCGAGUCACGCCGCGAGUACGAAGGGAAGAGCAAGGACUUUGAGCGUGAGAAACAUGCCCAUGGCGUGCUGCAGUUCCAGUUCAAGGAGAUGAAGGAAACACUAAAACAGAGCGAGGAGUUACUAACAGAGAUCCGUCAGAUGCGUCUCAAGCAGGACGGCUUUGUUAGGGAAAUCUCUGACCUGCAGGAAACCGUGGAGUGGAAGGAUAAAAAGAUCGGGGCCUUAGAGCGGCAAAAGGAGUAUUCGGAUGCCAUCCGAAAUGAGCGGGAUGAGCUCAGGGAUGAGGUGGUCCAGCUGAAAGACAUUCUGAAGAAACAUGGAAUUGUCCUCAGACCUGACCUGACUGCCAAUGGGGAAAUGCUGGAGUUGGGAACUGAAGGGUCAGCCAGUGGAGAUCCAGCUUCUCAAUUGGCUCAGGACUCCAAGACGUUGCCCAUGGAAGGGGGGAACAGCAUGCUUGGCAGAGCUCAAGAGACGGAGUUGGGAAGUAGAGGAGAUAAGGUGGUGGAUCCCGGAAGGUCCAGGAAGCAAGAGGAUACACACGAGGAGGAGGCUCAAGAGAACCAUCUGACCUCGCCCACCCCCUGUAGCCUCGUUGGUGUUUCUGAAACAGAAACCUCAAGGGAGGUUCAGCCAUUCUCACCCACAUUGGGGGGAGAGGUUGAAAUUGAAGGCAGUGAUGUCAACAAAGAAUCUGACAAUGGCAUACCAGUAGUAGAGGUCAAAAGUGGACCGGUCUGUGAUUCUGAGGUACUUGUGGUUGUAACAGGUCCUGAGGAAGAGGUUACAGUAUCGGGGGAGGGGUAUGAAGCAGCAGGUGUAGAGGGGACAGGGCAAGGCAGAGUAGAGGUUGCAAGCGAAGGGGAAAUGGGAAUUAAAAAUGACAAGGCAGAUGAGGCAGAGACCAAAGUUGUCAAGAGCAGUGACGACACCAAAGAGACGUCCUCAAAAGAGCCUACCUCAGAAUAUGGUGCAGCAGCUGAACAAGAGAAAAACGAAUCGAGUAAAGACGUGAAAUGUUUAGACUCAUAUCCUCUGCCUAGGGAAACCAUUGAGGACACCAUGAAAAAUGGCACACAGAUUAGCCAAGGGACAGACCUUGAUACUAGUAAGAGCCCAAUCAAAUCAAACCCUGAGCCUCGGAAAACAAAAAAGGCUGAAGCGUUACCAGAGAUAACUGACCUGCAGCCACAGGCCCAAGCAGGCAACAAGAAGAAGAAGGGCAAGAAGAAGAAGGGAGAGACACAAAGCGACGUAAAGCAGGAAGACCAUAAGAAGAGCACAACAGAAACGUGUUUAGUCUCCAUGACAAAUGGCACACAGAUUAGCCUAGGGACAGACCUUGAUACUCCUAAGACCCCAGUCGAAUCAAACCCUGAGCCUCAACCUGAGCCUCAGAAAACAAAAAAGGCAUGUGUGUUGCCAGAGACCACUGACAUGCAGCCACAGCCCCAAGGAGGCAAAAAGAAAAAGAAAGGCAAGAAGAAGGGUGAGAAACAAGGUGAUGAAACGCAGGGAGAUAAGAUGAGCACAACAGAAGAGGAUGUGGUCUCCACCCCAAGCGACAAGGAGCCAGUAGAGGCGGUAGAAGAGGGGGUUAUCACAAUAGAGACACAGCAAGAGGAGGGGACCGGUAGUUCACCAGAUCGAGAGCUCCAAAGCCCUGAACAAAAAGCACAAACCAUAGCUGAGGAACUGAACCUGAAGGAAGAACAACUAGAAGAAGACCGAGUAGAGCCUACCAUUGAAGUAUCUCUGACUGACCAAGCUAAGAGUGAGGAAGUUGUCUCAAAGAAGAAAAAGAAGAAAAUGAAAAAGGACAAACACAAACCUACAAUGGAAUUAGAGAAAUCAGAAGGCGAGAUAUCAGUAUUAUCCCUAGAGUCCAACAUUGGUAUUGCUGAUCCUGUUGAUCACUCCAAGUGUAUAACCAGCGCUUAUAACCCUAUGGAGGAAUUAGAAUCGACAACAGAUACUGGUACCCAAAAGGACGAGUCAGGAUACACAACCAACCAUGAUAACUUUGGAGACUGUUUGAAGUCUUCAGCUGACCCAAAAUGUCCAUUGGACUCGAAACAGUCCACAACUGGGAAUUCAAACAAUGUCAAAGAGGAAGAUGCAAUCAAGGUCUCAGUUGAAGAGGAACAAACAAUCCAAGACUCAAAGGAACAGGGGAAUAACUUUCACAGUCCCAUUGUCCUAAGACCAGAGCUCAAGGAGAGCGUGGAACCUGAAGACCUUAUCUUCCAUGAUGGUGUCGCUACUCACCCAGACCAGGCUAAUGAAAAUGCAACACAAGACCUAAAAGAGGCAGGUCAAGCUAAACCAAAUGGGAGCCCAGAAGAGCGUACAAAUGCACUUGAACAUGAAGACACUCCCAUGGCAAUGCCAGCAAAUGUAGAGAAAUGCAACAAUUCAGCAGAUGAGAAAUGUUGUAGCAUAUCGCGUGACCGCAACUGCCCUGCUACUGAGACCAUAAGACUGCCUGAACAAUUGAUGGAUCUACCUGGUUGUCCAGUCACUGACAGGCACUUGUAUGAAAACAACAAGCCAGAAACACUUGAUGCAGAAGAGGCAUCAAAUGGAGGGAUCUCUACAGAGACCGAGUUGAAUGAUACAGAAACACUUGAUGCAGAAGAGGCAUCAAAUGGAGGGAUCUCUACAGAGACCGAGCUGAAUGAUACAGAAACACUUGAUGCAGAAGAGGCAUCAAAUGGAGGGAUCUCUACAGAGACCGAGCUGAAUGAUGCAGAAGAGGCAUCAAAUGGAGGGAUCUCUACAGAGACCGAGCUGAAUGAUACAGAAACACUUGAUGCAGAAGAGGCAUCAAAUGGAGGGAUCUCUACAGAGACCGAGCUGAAUGAUACAGAAACACGACUACAGGACCCUGUAAAAGAAACUCCGGUGACAAUUGACUCUUUUAGGGAACAGAGCCACAAUGAAAGUGGACCAUGCACUAUGGUGGCUAAAGCAGAAGAGCAAGAUGAUCCCAUUGAGGCCAAGCUGGAGGGUAACAAGGUACCUGGACCCAGUGAGCAGUGGAAUGACAAGGAGCAUGAAAAUGAGGGUCAAUCGUUUGACUUUUCGGACCUAGUUUCAGUGGUUCCUGCAAAUGUAUUCCCAAUAGCAUCCCAAGAGGAGGUCAGCCAGGAAAUGAGAACGAUGUCGGUAGGAUACAAAAUAGAGGUAGAGCUUGGUAAAGAGAAGGGUAACCAGGAAGAGGAGGAUGACAAACCGCAGGACACAGAGGGAGUUAGCACGAUAGUGGCACAGCAAUCAAUUGAAGGGGGGUCGGAUAAUUCACCAGAGGAGCUCCGAAGCCCUGAAGAAAAAGCACAAACCAUAGUUGAGGCCAAGAACGUGAAUGGAGAACAACUAAUCACAUUAGAGGAGGGGGUUAGUGUAACAUACAACCAGAAAUACAUUGCAGAGGAGGGAGGGAGUGUGACUGUUGAACAGCAAGGUGUAGGGGAGAGCGAGAGGCAGCAGAAUGCAACUGAGGUAGAGGCUUUGCCAGUAGAGGAGGGGGAAGAGGCAAUCCAGUAUGGGUCACAGCAGGGUAGAAGAGAAAGUAGUCAAAGUGCAGAGGGCAACAACGAGCAAUCUAGGACAGGCUUGAAAAAAGGCAGUAAGAAAGUAAAAGGCAAGGGAAAAGAGGACUGCCGAAUGUCCUAGUUUUUAGGUCUGCACUCAAUAUAAACAACAGCAAAUAUUUAUGAAAGUGCAAAGAGUCUCAACUAAUACAGCCAAAGCAAGUACCAUUACAAUUCCUUUCAAAGUUAUAAUUCGAUGUACUGUAUUUUGAGGUCAAAGUAUUUGUGACAUAUUUUUUUGUAUUCCAGCACUUUGGAUUUGAAAUGAUACUAUGAGGUAAAGUGUAGCAUUCACAUUAAUUUAAUUUGAGCGUACUUUUUUGUUCAGCACUUUUUGUACAUGCUCUGGUCCCCCCAUUUUAGGGAACCAAAAGUAUUUGGACAAAUUCAUUUGUGUGUUAGUCAUCAAAAGUGUAGUAUUUGGGCCUAUAUUCCUAGUACUCAAUGACUACACUAAGCUUGUUUUGUUUUUGUUGUUUCAGAUUAUGUUGUGCCCAAUACAUUAUUUAACAUUACAUUUCUAUUGUCACUUUUAUUUUAAAUAAGAAUAGAAUGUUUCUAAACACUUCUACAUUAAUGUGAUGCUACCAUGAUUAUGAAUAAUGGUGAAUAACGAUGAGUGAGAAAGUUAAGAGGCACCAGACCAUAACCCCAAAACAUGCUAAACAGGAGAGGUUGAGGGGGAUGAUGUGUAUGGCUCUAUAGUUUUCUCACUCAUCAGUAUUCAUGAUUAUCCAUAAUCAUUGUAGCAUCCACAUUAAUGUAGAAGUGUUUAGAAAUAUUAUAUUCUUAUUUACAACAAAAGUGACUCCAAAAUGACACAAUACAUUAUUUACCAUACAUUUCUAUUGGGUAUAAGCUUGAUGUAGUCAUUGCUUGGAAUAUGAGACCAAAUACUAAACAUUUGAGUACUUUAAUACACAUGUGUGAAUUUGUCCAAAUACUUUUGGUUCCCUAAAAUGGGGGGACAAUGUACAAAAAGAGCAGUCAUUUCUAAACGGGUACCCCAAUUUGGAUGAAAACACCCUCAAAUUAAAGCUGACUAUGAUAAACAUUAGACAUAUGAUGGCCAUGCAACAACAAAUAUGCCACUGUCCAAAUACUUUGACUUCACAGCAUGUGUGUAUUUUAGCACAUUUUUAGGGAAGUUUGCCAUAAGGGGUCUUAUCACGCAGGCUGUUUUUCCCCAAUAAAGCAGUAACACACCUGAUUCAACUAAGAAAACCAUUCAUUUAAGACUAGUAGUAGUUGAUAAGUAGAAUCAAUCAAAUGUGUCACUACUUGCCUGGCCUUGGUAGGGUACAUUGCCCAUACUUUCGUAUAAAUCUGCAGCACCUACAUCCCUAUACUGUAAUAAUGUAAUAUUGAUUGAUUGAAUGACAGUAAGUUUUUCUUCAUCUAUUCAGGGCACAAUGUUUAUAUUGCAAUGCAUGAUAUUCGUAUCGUCGUACCGUCCUUCUCUCAUCCUGUGAUUUAUGGAAUUACCGGCCUAGUACACAAGGGGGCGCCAAAGAAAACAACCCAUUGGCCGUCUAACCAGAAUGCUAACAGAAUUGGCACAAGCAAUAGUUAAUUUCCAUGGAGGCUGCUAGCUCAAUAUGUUAUUGAGCCCAAACGAAAAUUAAAAUUUGCAAAGACUGGCAAUCCAGCUCAUAAAGGUAUACAUAUAUACGUAGGAGGUAUACGUAGGAGCUACCAAAUCUAAUUUUUGGUCAGUUUAAACAUUUACAAGCUAAAUGUGAAUGGCAGACUUUGUGCAAAUUAAGUUUUGACUCAUGCAUGUCUGUGUGGAGUCGCUGGGGAAGGGGCCUGCCUGCUCAGACGGAACGUGAACGAAGAGGACAAAAAACGCAAGGAAAUCAAGCAGUGGUAGCCUUACAGAUAAUUCAUCCAAAGGGCUUUGAGUUCUCAAACACAGCAGAAAGCUAACACCAUACUAUGCCCCGUCACCUUAUUAAUUCAGCCACUUACUUAGACAACUAACAAGUUAAACUUAGGGGUCACGUUAAUGCAGAUUUCUGUUUUUAACACAGGAAAAAAAUAUGAAACAUAACAAAUAUCUUGCUGGAUUUUGUAAAUGCAGAUCUAAAAUGCUUAUUAAAAUUUCUGUUCGGCAUCAGA